UCUAUUAUAAAUCCCUUAACCCCAGGUUACUCACUCGGAAGGUAAUUUGGCGAGUGCAAUUAUCUUGGGAGUAACGACCUUGCACCACCUUUAGCAGGACCACACCAACCUCACUCACAACCUCAUUUGACCUGCACCUUCGGUUGUGUACAGUUUGAACCAGUCUCUACGUUCCCACUAUGCGACUUUUAAUCAUUUUAAUUUUGUUCGUGACAUGGACUGUUUGCGAAGACGACACCGAGUUAAUCGAGAAAAAUUCAACAGCAGUUCGCGUCAAGAGAACAUUCGGCUCGCCAACUCCUGACUCUGAGAAAGUGAAGAAGAUGACACACCAAACGACAUAUUUGUCGAAAUUGCUCCGCACAGGAAUCAGUUUGGAACGAAAAUGGUUCGACGUCAUGUCGCAGAAAUCCACAGCCGAGGUGGUCGUUUUUCUCGUCCUGGGCAUCGUUUCUACUUUCUUCGUUAUCCUGACCCCAUUGGUGCUCCUGACCAAGCUCCUGGCCCCGCCAUUGGUUUUCAGGAGAAAGAACCGCAGCAUUCACGAUCAACUCCAUUUGGAUUUCUCGCUUCCGCAAUGGAUGGAUCAGAUGGAAUCGUGGAUGAACACGCACAAACCACUCGAGGAUCGUUAGAGAUACUGUUUCCCAACUAGACCUGCCCAAGUAGUACACGUAUCCUCUAAUAAUCCUCGUUCCAAAAAGAAACCAGCUAUCGCCGUCGUCGACACAGACUAUAAACUGCGUUAAGGAGA